AAAAAUGCGAUGAGCCACUUGUGUCAGGACUCUCCCAUGUCGCUUUCAGCAGCUCAUCCUCUAUGUCCGCAAGUUAUUCUCCCGGCUAUGCCAAGAUCAACAAGCGAGGCGGUGCUGGGGGAUGGUCUCCCUCUGACAGUGACCAUUAUCAAUGGCUCCAGGUUGACUUUGGCAAUCGGAAGCAGAUCAGUGCCAUUGCAACCCAAGGAAGGUACAGCAGCUCGGACUGGGUGACCCAAUACCGCAUGCUGUACAGCGACACCGGGAGGAAUUGGAAACCCUACCACCAAGACGGGAAUAUCUGGGCGUUCCCGGGGAACACCAACUCCGACGGCGUGGUCCGGCACGACCUCCAGCACCCGGUGGUGGCCCGCUACGUGCGCGCGGUGCCGCUGGACUGGAGCGCGGAAGGCCGCAUCGGGCUGCGGAUCGAGGUCUACGGCUGCGCGUACUGGGCAGCUGUUAUCAACUUUGAUGGCCAUGUUGUGUUACCAUAUAGAUUCAGAAACAAGAAGAUGAAAACACUGAAAGAUGUCAUUGCCUUGAAAUUUAAAACCACUGAAAGCGAAGGUGUGAUCUUGCACGGAGAAGGACAGCAAGGGGAUUACGUCACUUUGGAACUGAAAAAAGCUAAGCUGGUCUUCAGUUUAAACCUCGGAAGCAACCAGCUGGGCCCCAUCUAUGGCCACACAUCCGUGACGACAGGCAGCCUGCUGGACGAUCACCACUGGCACUCUGUGGUCAUCGAGCGCCAGGGCCGCGGCAUCAACCUCACGCUGGACAGGAGCACCCAGCACUUCCGCACCAACGGCGAGUUCGAUUACCUGGACCUGGACUAUGAGAUCACCUUUGGAGGCAUACCUUUCUCGGGCAAGCCAAGUUCCAGCAGCAGGAAGAACUUCAAGGGCUGCAUGGAAAGCAUUAACUACAAUGGCAUCAACAUAACUGACCUGGCGAGAAGGAGGAAGCUGGAACCCUCCAAUGUGGGAAACUUGAGUUUCUCGUGUGUGGAGCCCUAUACGGUACCUGUCUUUUUCAACGCCACCAGUUACCUGGAGGUGCCUGGGCGGCUCAACCAAGACCUGUUUUCGGUCAGUUUCCAGUUCAGGACUUGGAACCCCAAUGGCCUCCUGCUUUUCAGCCACUUUGCAGAUAAUCUGGGCACCGUAGAGAUUGACCUCACCGAGAGCAAAGUUGGUGUUCACAUCAACGUCACGCAGACCAAGAUGAGCCAGAUCGACAUUUCCUCAGGCUCCGGGCUGAAUGACGGACAGUGGCAUGAGGUCCGUUUCCUGGCAAAGGAAAACUUUGCUGUUCUCACCAUCGAUGGAGAUGAGGCAUCAGCAGUUCGAACUAAUAGUCCUCUUCAAGUCACAACAGGCGAGAAGUACUUCUUUGGAGGUUUUCUGAACCAGAUGAAGAACUCAAGUCACUCUGUCCUGCAGCCUUCAUUCCAAGGCUGCAUGCAGCUCAUUCAAGUGGACGAUCAACUUGUCAAUUUAUACGCCGUGGCACAGCGGAGGCCAGGAAGUUUCGCGAACGUCAGCAUUGACAUGUGCGCCAUCAUAGACAGAUGUAUGCCCAAUCACUGUGAGCAUGGUGGGACGUGCUCGCAGACGUGGGACAGCUUCAGAUGUACCUGCGACGAGACGGGGUACAGUGGGGCCACCUGCCACAACUCUAUCUAUGAGCCUUCCUGUGAAGCGUACAAACACCUAGGCCAGACGUCCAAUUACUACUGGAUAGACCCUGAUGGCAGCGGACCGCUGGGACCUCUGAAAGUUUACUGCAACAUGACAGAAGACAAAGUGUGGACCAUCGUGUCGCACGACCUGCAGCUGCAGACGACCGUGGUGGGCUACAGCCCGGAGAAGUACUCGGUGACACAGCUCAUGUACAGCGCCUCCAUGGAGCAGAUCAGCGCCAUCACCAGCAGCGCCGAGUACUGCGAGCAGUAUGUGUCCUACUUCUGCAAGAUGUCCAGGCUGCUGAACACCCCAGAUGGAAGUCCGUACACCUGGUGGGUUGGCAAGGCCAACGAGAAGCAUUACUACUGGGGAGGCUCCGGGCCCGGCAUUCAGAAAUGCGCCUGCGGUAUCGAGCGCAACUGCACGGACCCCAAGUACUACUGCAACUGCGACGCGGACUACAAGCAGUGGAGAAAGGACGCUGGCUUCUUAUCCUACAAAGAUCACCUGCCGGUGAGCCAGGUGGUGGUUGGAGACACUGAUCGGCAAGGCUCUGAGGCCAAGCUGAGCGUGGGUCCCCUGCGCUGCCAAGGAGACAGGAAUUACUGGAAUGCUGCGUCUUUCCCAAACCCAUCUUCCUACCUGCACUUCUCCACCUUCCAAGGGGAAACCAGUGCCGACAUCUCUUUCUACUUCAAAACGUUAAUCCCCCGCGGAGUGUUUCUGGAAAACCUGGGCAACACGGAUUUCAUCAAACUCGAGCUGAAAUCUACCACGGAAGUCUCCUUUUCAUUUGACGUUGGCAAUGGGCCAGUGGAGAUCGUGGUGAGGUCGCCCUCCCCUCUCAACGAUGACCAAUGGCACCGGGUCACCGCGGAGAGAAACGUCAAGCAGGCCAGCCUCCAGGUGGACCGGCUGCCCCAGCAGGUCCGCAAGGCGCCCACAGAAGGUCACACCCGCCUGGAACUGUACAGCCAGCUGUUUGUGGGUGGUGCCGGAGGCCAGCAGGGCUUCCUGGGCUGCAUCCGCUCGCUGAGGAUGAAUGGGGUGACACUGGACCUGGAGGAAAGAGCAAAGGUCACUUCUGGGUUCAAAUCCGGGUGCUCGGGCCACUGCACCAGUUAUGGGACCAACUGCGAGAACGGAGGCAAAUGCAUCGAGAAAUACCACGGGUACUCCUGUGACUGUUCCAGCACCGCGUAUGAUGGCACCUUCUGCAACAAAGAUGUUGGUGCUUUUUUUGAAGAGGGCAUGUGGCUACGGUAUAACUUCCAGGCAGCCGGGACCAGCGGCAAAGAAUCGGGCAGCAGACGGGAGAACCCCCUCGAGCAGCAGGGCUCCCCUGCAGACCUGGCCCGGGAGGAGAUCCAGUUCAGCUUCAGCACCACCAAGGCGCCCUGCAUCCUUCUCUACGUCAGCUCCCUCAGCACCGACUUCUUGGCGGUCCUCGUCAAACCCACCGGAAGCUUACAGAUUCGGUACAAUCUGGGUGGCACCAGAGAACCAUAUAACAUUGACGUAGACCACAGGAACAUGGCGAAUGGACAGCCCCACAGUGUCAACAUCACCCGUCACGAGAAGACCAUAAUUCUCAAGCUGGAUCAUUACCCGUCUGUGAACUACCACCUGCCAAGUUCAUCUGACACACUGUUCAACUCGCCCAAGUCGCUCUUUCUAGGAAAAGUUAUAGAAACAGGGAAAAUCGACCAAGAGAUUCACAAAUACAACACCCCAGGAUUCACCGGGUGCCUCUCCAGGGUCCAGUUCAACCAGAUCGCCCCCCUCAAGGCAGCGCUGAGGCAAACCAACGCCUCGGCCCACGUUCACAUCCAGGGCGAGCUGGUGGAGUCCAACUGCGGGGCCUCCCCGCUCACCCUCUCACCUAUGUCGUCCGCCACCGACCCCUGGCACUUGGACCACCUGGAUUCAGCCAGUGCUGAUUUCCCAUAUAACCCAGGACAAGGCCAAGCUAUAAGAAAUGGAGUCAACAGAAACUCGGCUAUCAUUGGAGGGGUCAUCGCCGUGGUGAUUUUCACCAUUCUCUGCACCUUGGUCUUCCUCAUUCGGUACAUGUUCCGUCACAAGGGCACCUACCACACCAACGAAGCAAAGGGAGCAGAGUCGGCAGAGAGCGCAGACGCUGCCAUCAUGAACAACGACCCCAACUUCACAGAGACCAUUGAUGAAAGCAAGAAGGAAUGGCUCAUCUGAGGGGUGGCGAUUUGGCGAUGGGCUAGGGAGGGGGAAGUUAUCAGGGGGAAGGGAAAGGCACGAAAGCACCCUGCUUCAUACUCUUGAGCACAUCCUUAAAAUAUCAGCACAAGUUGGGGGAGGCAAGCAACAGAUUAUUGAGACUGAUCACCACAAAAAAAAUACUUUUUAAUAUUUCUUUAUAGCUGAGUUUCCCCUUCUGUAUCAAAACAAAACAAUACAAAAAAAUGCUUUUAGAGUUUAAGCAAUGAUUGAAAUUUGUAGGUAAUACCUGUCAUAUUUUGUGUGUGUUUAGAGGUGUUCUAAAAACCCAUGGUAACAGGGCAAGUUUUCUACAUUUUUCAGAGCCCUUAGAAUGUGGAUAUUUUUUCUUGAGAAAAGCUGAUGCACAUACGUAUGGCCUCCAGCAUUCUCUUCCUUUUACAUAGAGUCAACUUUUAAUGGGCUAUUGUAGUUACUAGGUCAUGUUCAUGUAAUGUUUCUUUUAGUGUCCUAUAAGUUGGAGAAGGAAAGAAUGGGGAAAAGAAGACCUGUUAUUUGCCAGUUUUCAAAGAGACCACAAUCUAUGCCAAUUUUCUGAGAGUUUCUGCCUGAAGCAAUUGAAGGCGCCUUUUGAGUGACAACGAACGUAAGCAGCACAACGGAGAAGACUUACAGCCAGGGCGAGUAGUUCCAUAUCGGGACCGUUGGUUUUAUUUGUCAUCGAACUCUAUCAGAUUAUAUUGUUCCAUGUGUGUAGUCUUAGACCUUUUUGAUAUCUGUAACAUCCGUGGUGACGAAAGAUUAACUAGCAGCUGUUACGAAAGAUUUUUCCUUUCCUUUGCCUGAAACCUACGGUUACCUUUUAUAUGUGUGUGUAAGUACCAGAUGUUACGAUUUCUUUGCUGUUUCUUUUAUAGUUGUAGCAAGAGUAUGGACACUUUCUAAUGACUGCAUCCUUUAGGUUGUUCUUAUUUUGCUUUAAAUCUCUGGUUUUUAAGCCCCUGUGACAAAAUCCUAGCAGACAGUAUCCUCUAAAUGGACACAUCACAAUAAAGCCACAUGAUGGUUGCUGUUACUCUUUCUAUUACUCUGGAAUCAUAUGGAAAGCACUGCCAUGUUUUAAAUCACCUACUCCAUGUAUUGUUCCAUUCAAAAGUGAUACGCUGCCGUGGUUCAGGGAUCUUCUUCGGCAGAUACAUUUGAACCUCAAGCUCAUCACACACCUGGCACCUGAUUGUUGCUUCUCAGAGAAUGGACAUGUCUAGGCAAUCAGACCUCAGUUUAAUCAGGAACCUCGACCAACUGAUAACUCAUCGAUUUUAUCUAAAAAUAAUAGAUGGUAUGUGUAAACCACUGGGACAAAGCUCAGAUUGGACCAUCCAAAAAAUAAUUUCAGUUAUUUAUUACAAGAUUACACAAAAAUUAUUUCUAUGAUCAUUUCUUAUGAUCAUUAUAGUUCAGGAUCUUAAUAAAUACUUUAAAAAAUUUUUUUAGAUUCUAAUAACAUUUCGAGGAAUUAAAUAUGAUCACCUUUUUCCUUCUCCUGCUAAAUAAGAUGAGGUUUAAAAAGUAUUGAUGGUAUUUUCUGAUAGCCUGUCUCAAUAAAAUGGAAAUUCUAGUUUGUUUGGGUUAUGUAUACAUACUUUUCAAGAUACUUGAUAUAUGCCUAACUUACUGGAGGAUCUCAAUUUCUUGAGUAGGGAAAAUGUUACCCCGCCAGAGCUGCUGGUGGCCCAUGGUGCAUUCCAAAGGAGACACUGGACCAGUAAACCCAGUCAAGUCAAGGUAACAGAGCAGAAGGGAAGCCGAACUCCCUUUUCCAGGUACUGGCCCCACGCACUGUCAUGAGCACCCUUACCUUACCGCGGUCUUGAUCACUCUCCCAUAAAACACAUUAAAGAUGAAAAGUAUUUAAUCUGAUGAAAUAUAGAACACGGUAACAUUUACAGAUGACAUCUUGAAAACAAAGGCUGCUUAUGUCACCAAGAUGACUACCAUGUGGGGUUCUUUGAUGUACUGUCAAGUUGAAAAGGCAAAUUUUAAACAUUGUGACGGCCCUAUCUAGAACAUUCUAAAUGGUAAAUAGUUUGUGUAUGUGAAGGAAAGAAAGCAACUCUUUUCCAGUUCCCUCCCUUGAAGGUUUAGGGCAACACAGCCUAGAUAGUCGUGACAUGAAGACCCACGCUCAGUGCCUCGUCUUGAUCUGUCAGUCAUCGUCCACCAACCCUUCACAUCUCAUUUCCCAGUGCAUUGUCAGUCGAGCACAAAUAGGCCAGUGGUAGCGUCUUUGCAUAAUAGGAACAGACAAAAGAAAAACAAAAUCGAUUUUUAAAGCGAGAAGCUGUUUUAAAGUUCCAGGGAAAGUUGAUGGCUGGUUUAGGGUUAUUUGUGCAGGAGACAUCCUGUGUGUAUAAAGCAGGCACCUAUGAGAAGCUAGGAGUAGGGGACUUAGGACGAACGUGCAAUCAGUGCCCUUCUGAGCUCGCAAAAGAACACACUCCCCAGGGCGCGAGGAAGCUGGCUGCAGAGCUGAGGUGUGGCACUGCUGUUAAGCUCUGCUCUGGCCCUCCUUGCUAUAGCAGAUGCCAUUAGGUUGUCGGAAAAGUCAUGAUUCAUUUUUGCCACGAAAAACAUAGAAAAAGAUACAUCAUGACUUUUCCGACAGCCCAAUAUUUCCCCUUCGUGGCUUUCAACCAGCUGCUCAAAAAAAGAGAGAGAGCCUUACAUGGAGUUUUUAUUGCAGAGCUGGGAAGAAGUGUUUGGAGUGCCUUCGCUGGCCAAUGUGCUGUUGCCCUAUGUCAUAAACAAGCUCCCUUUACUAACCGGAGCAGGUUCCGAGCGCAGGAGAAGCGCUGGCAGGAGCCAAAGAGGAGGUCUUCAGGUACUGCCGAGCUGGGACCAAGACACGAGGCAGGCCCCAGAAAGCACGGGAGGGCAAGCGAACAGCUCCCGGGUGUGAAAGCCUAGUGUCAGCGUAGUGUCUGGAGGAAGCUUAUUUCCUUCUGUAAUGGGCUCUUUUUCCCCCUCGCCCUUCGCUUAACAGUGUAAACAUAUGAAUGGUUGUCGCUUUAUGUCUCCCGCCUGCAAACGAUGGGCAGCCGAGUUGAGCCUCUUCAUAGCUUCUUCCCCCUCUUCCUAUCAAGCAGUUUUCAAAAAGAAAGGCAGCAAAUUAUCAAAUUGAAUCAUCAAAAUGAAUUCCAGUGAGCUCGCCAAACAGAGGUCCUAACUUGCCAAGCCCAGUAGAGCCACCUGACCCGGAAAUAGGUGCCAGACAGUAACAGCAUGUGUAGCUGAAGGGGGCUGAAAACCAACGCGCAUCAUUUUUAAAUGACAUUUGGGGGUGGGGGGACCCUGAGAAUCAGCUGCUCGGGUCCUAAGCCUUUCUCCCUCUGCCUGCCUUGUUACGUCACCUCCCUCAAGUCACUGAACCUCUGUCUGUCUUUCUUUGCCUCAUAUUUAAAGUUAGAGCUGUUUUAUAAGACAACUGUGAGGUGCUGAUUCUUCUCUGUAGCAUACUUCGAAAACCAAAUACAAAGGCCAAAGUCAGUGGAGCCUACUGGCAAGCUUCCCUUCUGGCUUGUGGUUGUCACAUCAGAAGAGAACACGUGGUCACGUCCAGGAACGUGGAGACUUACAGGGCAUUGCUGUACCUCAGCUAAAUUAUGCAUUGGGUAGACUGCCAGGGAGUUAGCCUCUCAGCCCUGGGGGAGGUGACACAGCCAACAGCCAGAAAAAUCAGAACCCCAUGUGCAUAGAAGCCCCACGUUCCCACUGGGUAUAGCUUACACCCACCCUCAGUGCAAUCAAACUGGCUUUAAACUAAGAUAACACACAGAAAAAGGUGACUUUUCCGCAUAGCCUGCCGGCUCUGCAUGACGAUGUUGGCGACAUUAGAGCAGGUUUCUGUCCCAGCAGCGUUUUGUGGAUACAAAUGGUAUGUAAAACCCAUUGUCAGGGAAAGCGUGUUCUCAAGCUGAUCGUCUCCUAUUGGGCAGAAGGUGGUAAGGAUUUAGGGCUACAGAGGUACCGAUGUCUGACGUGCAUUGACAAGUUUGCUUCCCAGAUGAAAAGGUGCUUUAAGAAUAGGUCUGCUUA